CGUAGUACUGGCCAGCGUUCGCCAAGUUGCAAUUUAGUUUUAAAAUAAUUUUAUAUUUAUAUUAAAAUAACUUUUAUUAAUUAAUAAAAGGUGCUGUAAUCAGCGGUCAUGGACCGUAAAGCGUAUUGGAAGAUAUUGUUGCUGUUAUGUAUAAUUUUAAUACAAGAGUCUAUGCAAGCCAAGAAACAAAAAACUGCAGUCAUAACAGACAUAAGUGAUAUAAAAGAGUUUAAGAAAUUGUUAAGGACUAAGACUAAUGUUUUAAUGCUAUUUGUGAAUAAUCAAAAGGAUUCUCAGACUGUCACAGAUGUUUUCAAAGAUACAGCCGAUGCUAUGAAGGGGCAGGCUACCCUCGCUAUCAUAGAUUGCAAUAACAGUGAUGGCAAAAAGCUCUGUAAGAAACUGAAGAUAGGAUCAGACAAAUCGUACUAUCUCAAGCAUUACAAAGAUGGUGAAUUCCAUAAAGAUUAUGACAGAAAUGAGUCUGUCAACUCCUUGUCAAACUUCUUGAGGGACCCAACUGGAGAUCUGCCGUGGGAUGAAGAUCCAACUGCCACAGAUAUAUUUCACCUACAAGAUGGAGAGGCUCUCAACAAGUUCCUGAAGAAAGGUGCGGGUGCUUACAAGAAAUCUAUGAUAAUGUUCUACGCACCCUGGUGUGGUUACUGCAAAACUUUGAAGCCGGAGUAUGUUCAAGCUGCUGCUGAUUUAAAGGGCGAAUCUCUCCUUGCGGCGAUCGACGUUGCCAAACCGGGAAACUCGAAAAUAAGACAACUGUACAACAUUACUGGAUUCCCAACAUUAUUGUAUUAUGAAAAAGGUCAAUACAAACUGCCAUACAACGGCGAGAACAAACGGCAAGCGAUCGUGGACUUCAUGAGGGACCCUACAACAGCUAUGCAACAGAAGAAAAAAGAAGUCGUUGAUGAAAGUUGGUCUGAAGAUACGGAUGUCGUGCAUUUAACUGCUACCAACUUUGACGAUACUUUAGCAAAUGCUAAAAAUGCUCUCGUAGUAUUCUACGCACCGUGGUGUGGUCAUUGCAAGCGUAUCAAACCCGAGUUUGAGAAAGCCGCCAAGAAAAUAAAGACCGAAAAGAUCGACGGCAUUCUGGCAGCAGUGGAUGCGACAAAGCAACCAGAGCUCGCUUCACGAUUCGGAGUCAAAGGGUAUCCGACCCUCAAGUACUUCAGCAAGGGAGAAUACCAGUUCGACGCGGGUCAUGCUAGGCAGGAAGAACAAAUUAUUAGUUUCAUUAAGGAUCCUAAAGAGCCACCACCGCCCCCGCCCCCGGAAAAGCCGUGGGCGGAGGAAGAGACGGCCGUGCGCCACCUCGACUCCGCGACUUUCAGAAACACACUGCGCAAGAUCAAGCACGCCGUCGUUAUGUUCUAUGCGCCAUGGUGUGGACACUGCAAAAGUACUAAGCCGGAGUUUGUGAGGGCCGCAGAGAAUUUCGCUGACGAACUAAUGGUAGCAUUCGGUGCGGUCGACUGUACUACGGAUCAGGAACUAUGUGCCAAUUACGACGUCCGAGGAUACCCCACUAUUAAGUACUUUAGCUACUACGAUAAGAAUGUCCAGGACUAUACCGGUGGCAGAAAGGAAGAAGACUUCAUAUCUUUCAUACACAGCCAGGCGGGCACUCACCCGACGUCGCAGAAGGAGGUCACAGAGAUGUCCGGCUUUGGCCCAGAAGUGAUAUUAGCCAGUGAUGUGGACUUUGAGAAAAUUAUUGCCGCCCCCACUCCUUCUUUCGUCAUGUUUUAUGCUACGUGGUGCAAACUCUGUGGCAAAGCGAAGUCAGAGGUAACCGCUCUAGCAAUAAAGUUGAGGCGAGAAGAUAAAAAAGUGAAGGUUUAUGCGGUUGACGCCGCUGAGAACCCGAAGGCCUCUGACAUCGCCGGCGUACGAACAUUGCCUACAUUCAAAAUGUUCGCCAACGGACAUGAAAUCGCCACUUACAACGGAGUUAGAACAACAGCGGACAUGUUCGAGUUCUGCGUCAAAAACGAGAAGGGCCCCAGAGAGUCGCCGAGACUGCCGUUCUACGGGAGGCCAUGGGCAGGGCGCCACCUCGACAACGCGACAUUCAGAAAAACAAUGCGCAAGAUCAAGCACGUCGUUGUUAUGCUCUCUGCGCCAUGGUAUGGUUACUGGAAAGGUACUGAGCCGCGAAUGAUGAACAGGAUAACGAGGGCCGCAGACAAAAUCUCUGAGAACCUUACGCUAGCCUACGGUGCUGUGGAUACUACCAUGAUUAAAAAAAUGUGUGCCAAUUACGAUGCCCGGGGAUACCCUGCAGUAAACUUUAGCUAUUUGGAUAAGAAUAAAAGGGAUUACACAGGUGGUGGAAAGUCCAUACACAGUCAGGCCGGGACUUAUGCGACAUCGCAGAGUGAUGUCACAUCUCAAGGGGCUGGUUUUAUCGACCAAGUCAACAUGACCAGUGAUGCUGACUUUCAUCAAGUUAUCAGCUCGUCUUCCCCUACUUUCGUCAUGUUUUAUGCGUCAUGGUGCUCCGUUUGUACAGAAAUGAAACCCGAUUUUAACAACUUGGCCGUUAGGCUGAGGCAAGACGAGAGCAUAGUGAGGCUUUACGCCAUAGAUGCCUCUGAGAACCCAAAGGUUGCCGACUUCGCUGGAGUAAAGACCAUUCCCAUGUAUUUCUUGUACGCUAAUGGGAAACUCAUUGCAACGUACGAAGGAGAUCGAACGGCAUCAGACAUGUUCGAUUUCUUGCUUAGACACCAUAAGGAAUAUCAGACCGACAAGUAGUGACGUCAAAUUAACCAUACUAAAAAGAUAAGAAUAAAAGUUGCCUUGAAGAGAUCCAGACAUCGUUUAGUAUUACUAUAUAAAACUUACAAUGAUUCAUGAAAUAAUAAUAAUUAUACAAAUUAUAUACUGUCCUAUUAG